GCGGGUUUUGAGUGGUCAUUCGCUUAGACAUUUACACUYGACCUGGCAACCCUGGCUGUGUCUGUUGAUUAUAACAGAAGGCGAUCGCACGACUUUAUGGGCAGAAAGAAGAAAGAACAGAAACAGACAAAUCAUGGCUGAACAGACAGAUGCUAAUCAUCUCAGAUGCUAGCAGUGAGAGAGAAGCAGGCAGCCCACGCAAAUACUUUCCAGAUCUCAAUGGCAAAAUACGCUUCAUCUACAUAAAAAACACGGCAAUCGGAAAUGAGAAACCUUACACAUUUGAAAGGACGACGGAGGCGUCUAAAUCAAUGGAUUAAAACUUUGUACAGCAGCUCCUCAACCUCAUCUAGGCUGGAAAUGUGCUGCAGUCAGCGCGUUUGGUUUCCAUAGUAACCACCGACACACGCUGCCACGAACAAUAGGUAGAACUGUCUCGCGCGUUUAUUACAGGCAAAAUAAUCUGUAAACUAGCCUAAUAUUAGCCCGUAUUAACAUGCACUAUGCUUAGAAGUAAAUUUGUUAGACUUUCUCAAAACUAGUGAAAGUAGUUUACUUGAUACCAGUAGUUGGCUGCGCUGUAUUGAAUUACAAAAAUGGGGCCAGUGCACAGCAAUGUAUAUUGUGUUCUUGACUGUGCUCUUGRCUCUUGAAUUUUAAUAGCCAACAGAUUGGUUAGCUAACACACUGAGGAAAUGUAGGUCAAACCAUAUCUCAGUUACUAUAAAGAAUAGCUAGCUAAUGCUAUAGUUGCUUUUUUGGUAUGUAACUUUAGUAGCUUGCAGAGAUAGCAGCUAUACAUUCUCUAGCAACAAGUAACAAAUAAACAAAGUGAACUGGCUGAAAACCUAGGAGGGCAGGGGUUGGGACAAACAUAGGGGACUGAGCAAGUUUGCCUAGGCGCACAUUUUUCUCUGGGGAAAAUGUACCUUAUUCAUAAAACAGCAAGUUGAGCUCACAAAAUGAUUAAAGGUAAAGUCAUAUGAACACUAGUGUUAAUCACUGGCGGUCAUGACAGCCCUGGGACCUGCUGGGAUAGGAGUGGCGGAUCUGUGCCAAGAAGGAGACAAGCUCUUAGAGACUGGAGAGUUGGGGAGGGCCACUGCUCUGUACACAUCUGCCUUCAAGAGCCAUGCUGGAUCCACCAUGGGUCACAUGCGAGGCCUGGGGGGUUCCAGGUUGGCUAGGGUGAUCUCCACUCUGGAGACCUGGCUCAAUGGUCAUGGGGAGAUCCAGGCUUCCAUGGAGGGCCUCAACAAAGGCCUGGCAGCUGUGUUCCUAUCAACACUGAGCCCCAACAAUGUGUCUGCCUCUCUUUUCAAAAUGGAGUCCAUACUUCAGGGUGCCGGUCAGGGCUGUGACGAGAUUGUUGUACGCUGCUCAGCUUUGCUCGAAGGAAAGCAAAACCCAUGUCGAGAGGGUGUGGUUUUGGAGUUAACUAGAGCCCUCACCUGCUUGCUCUCAGAUCCCCACAGUCCCAAAGGCCCUAGGCUUUAUCUCAAGGCUUUCCAAGACAAUAAAUCGGAGACUGUAAGACUGGUCAAGGGUAGACAAGCUCAGCACCUGCCCAAGAUAGUGAAGGCCUUCUCUGAGCAGAUGUUGCAAAAACAUGCUGAAAUGGAGUCUGGGGAGAGAGCGAGUGAGGUCGUCGACAUUGUAGCAGAAGCUGCCUCUGAAUUCCUUGAGUUCUUAAUGGCUGUUUCGCCAGGGGACACAGAUGUGCAAGAGCUGCAAGCAGCCUUCUUAUUUUCACUGGGCAAGUUCGAAGAGAGCGCAGAUGUUUAUUCUGUUGCCUUGCAGGAUCAUUCACAAUCACAACCAAAGUCGGGUACAGGUAAGGUGGUUAAGGGGAUGCCAGCAGAAAGAAGAGCCAGUCUCUUGACCAGUAGAGCGGCCGCCCAUUUCUCCACAGUGGGGCGAGCCACGGAGGCAAGCCGGGACCUUGGUGAGGCUUUUGGAGUCCACCCUGCCACAGCCCGACUGCAGUUUCAGAGGCUCUUCGUAGACCAGGGGACGGGAGCGGCAUCCCGCAUGCAACUGCGUCAGCAGGCAGAGAGAGGACUGUUGAGUUACAGGGAGACAGUCCUGGCCCGUCUUGACCUGCGUUCCUCUGAGGGCGUGGAGCUGCUGGACCCAGUGAUCGCCCAGCUCUGGGCGCUGUGCCACCUGGAGCCCGACGGGGGCAGCAGAGAGUUGCGGGUGCGGCUGGCCGAGUGCCUCCUCCUGCGGGGCGAGUUCCGAGAGGCCCUCUCCAUCUGCAGCCAGCUGGCGACCAACACCAACUCCCACACCCAGCAGAGCUACCAGAACACGGUGCAGGUGCUGCGUGGCUACUCCUGUCUUCUCUCAGAUGACCACAAGGGGGCCUUGGAGGACUUUCAAGCGGUGAUCGAGCACAAGGCACCCCACCCUUCCAGCUGUGUGCGGGCGCUGUGCGGCAGGGGCGUCCUGCGCAUGAUGGGGGGCCUGCACUACCUCACAGCCCUGGACUAUGUGACGGCGAGCAGGUUGCAGCCCCAGGACACUGCGCUGACCGUACGCUGCCUGGUUCCCUGGAACUGCCGCGGGCUGCUGCUCACCGUGCUGUUGGAGCAGGCCAGGGUCAUGCUGGAGGAGUGGACCGGAGAUCACAGCUCCAGCCUCAGUCCCUUGGAACACCAAGAGCACCAGCAGACCAAACAGCUACAGCCUACGCAGAGAAAAGAUGGCUACAAAGAGGGGACCCCAGUUGGAGUCCACUCUCUUGCUGUUUUGCUGAUGGAGUUGCAGCCCAGUGCUGACGCUCCUCAGAUCCUGGUGGCUGAUGCCCUGUACCGGCUGGGCCGGGUGGAGGAAGCGUAUCGCUUGCUGUUGGCCAUCGGGCCCACUAGCCCACGUGCACCCAUCCUGGCCCGCCUCACCUUGCUACAACUGCACCGGGGCUUCCUUUAUGAUGCCAACCAGGUCCAUCAUUAUCUGCUGAAGAAGCUGAUCGAGUGUGGUGAUACGAGCUGCUUGCGCCCUCUGCUGGCCGUGGCGUCUAAAAAGGACCGGCUGCUGCUGCAGGGCUACUGCCACUCUGCCUCCAAACGCAUCCUGGAGGGCCUGCGAGGCGAGUGCACCCUGAGGCAGGCCGUGGCCUAUCUGUCCAUCGCCAUCAUGGCCUCUGGAUGUGAGGCAGCAAACUCACUGAUYGAAAGGGCCAGGUGCUAUGUCUUGUUGGGCCAACGCAAGACGGCCAUCUUUGAUUUCAGCUCCAUCUUGAAAGAGCACCCUGACCAUGUACAGGCCCUCUGUGGAAGAGGCUUCACCUAUCUCAUGCUAAACCAACAGAAGGAAUGUACUCAGGAUAUACUGGCAGCACUUCAAAUAAGCAUGGACGCCGUCACCAAAAACAUCCUAUCGCUCAAAGAUAAGGCAAGGAAACUGGUCUGUGAUUGGCUGCAGCAGUACUGCCGGACCAAUCUGUCGGAGAUCCUGGCGGCUAAGGCCGUCCCCUGCCAGGAAGAAGAGCUUCGAGAGGCCUUUCUAAUUGGAGGAGUCCUGAUGAGGACUGACUGCCGAGACACCAGAUGUCAUCUCCUCUACGUAGAUCUACUACUGGCCAAAGGUGAGGUGAAAUCAGCAGGAGCUCACCUGGCUCAGGUGUUUGGCCAGGAUCCCCGGGAGGCUGCAGCUCAGGCCAGGGUGGGCGUGGUGGAGGCCUGGCAGCAGAAGUACUGCGGAGGCGGCACCAGGCUGAGCAAGCUGACCGAAAAGGAACCCUCUACACUGGACUUCCUGCUGACCCUCAUUCCCCCGAUUCACAGGGAACGCAUGGCACAAGCAGCAGCCCAGGAAGCAGGCAGUGUCUCAGCGAGUGGCCAUUGGGAGCAGGCCCUGGCCCUCCUGACCGUGGCUGUGCGAGCCGCGGCAGAGCUUCGACCGCAGUUCCUGCGCCAACGGGCCGCUUGCCUCGCCCAACUCGACCUGCACGAACGGGCUGUGGCCGACCUGGACCGGGUCAUCCAGAGCCACGGUGACCCCUCCGACACUACAGUCUCCGGAGCCCCAGAAGAGCCUCACGUCUGGGCAGAGGACCUGUGUCAGCGAGGCCGCAGCCUGGUGCUGUGCUCCCACGAGGGGCCCGCCCUGGACGACUUCAGCCGGGCCCUGGAGCUCCACRGGGGCCAGGCUUUGCAGUGUGUGGAGGCCGGGCUGGGAAGGUCCCGCCUGGCCGAGUGCUUCCUUCGUAUGGCCCUGCAGCACUACGGAGAGCAGCAGCUCAGUAAGGCCUGGAAGUUGACCGAGAGCGGCCUGUUGGUGGACAGCGAGCACAUGGAGCUGCGCAGGCUCAGGGCCAGGAUCAAGCGGGAGCACUGCAGCCCCUGCAUUGUACACUAGACUAGUGUACCAUUGUAGUGCCUUUGUCCAUUGAGAUAACAUUGUACUGUACUUUGGAGGAAACCCUUCCAAGUAAAGCUCACUUAGAGUAACCCUAUGACAAUUUGUUUUUAUGUACACUAAACCUCAGUUAAUUGCUACCGCGAAAAUAUUUAGAAUGUCAAAGGGGAAGCUGCAUUUAUAUCUUAUUCAGAAUGAGGGUUAAUAGAACAAUGAGCAUUUCCCUUGGGUAGUGUUUUUGUAAACUUGGAAAAGUCCUAGAAUUUAUUUGUAAUUUGUGAGUAUUUUGCAAUCACAUGCCUGACAUUUAAUAGMUAAUGGCGUGGAAACAAUGGAUAUUCCCUGGUGCUUACUUCAAUUAAAUAUACUUGAUWCCUGGCCUAUAUUGUGCCUUGUGGUGGUUGUUUGAAAGAAUCCCAAAGGAACAAACAAGUAACACAGGUUAUUUCUGUGUAAUUACGUUUGACUAUUUUACUACAUAACUAGUAAGACUGUAAAGGUAAGAAACUUAAAGAUGCAACUACACAGAACAACUUUUGUUUUAUUUCCAUUUAUUUUUGUGUAAUUUUGAAUUCAUGUGUAAUAAACCAAAUGUCUUCGACAGCAA